AUGGCGAACUGUAGCCAACAGAAGAACGAGUAUGUUCUUUUCAUACUUAUCUCAAACUUAAUUGUAAAUGUCUUGAAUAUGUACUGUGUUGUAACCUGGAGUUGCUAUUUUUUGUCGGACCCAUCACCAUCUUAUCACCAUCUUCCACAGUCUGACGAAUCCCUACCAUUUGAUCAAGUUACUGAAGAGGAGCCAACAGCAACAGGUCCCAAAAUCCAGCUUGCAAUUUGGGAUUUUGGCCAAUGUGAUGCAAAAAGAUGCACAGGACGCAAGCUUUCAAGAUUUGGCUUUUUGAAGGAAUUGUGUGUCAAUAAUGGUUUUGGAGGCAUUGUUUUGAGUCCAGUUGGGACGCUUUGUGUCUCAAGAGAAGAUUAUAGUUUAAUCCAGCAAAAAGGAUUAGCUGUUGUGGAUUGCUCUUGGGCACGCUUGGAUAAUGUACCAUUUGUGAAGCUUUGUUGCACUGCUCCUUGCCUCUUGGCUUGGUUUGUAGCAGCAAAUCCAGUAAAUUAUGGUCGACCCUGUCAACUAUCUUGUGUGGAGGCAUUAUCUGCAGCUCUGUUCAUAUGUGGCGAAGAAGAAACUGCAAAUUUGUUGCUUGGAAAGUUCAAAUGGGGUCAUGCUUUCCUGUCCCUCAAUAGGGAACUUCUGAAGGCAUACUCCAAAUGUGAAAACAGUGCUGAAAUAAUUUCAGUCCAAAAUGAUUGGCUUUCACAAAACAGUCAGGUUCCCAAGGCUCCUAGAGAAGUAAAGGGUACUUUUGACUUUUAAAAACAGAAAGUAAAUUCUUUUUACAAGAUCUGAUCUGUUGUUUUGACUCAUGAGUCAUGUCCCAUAAGAUUUCAGGAGCAUUUCGUUUGAAUGCUGCUUGUCAGCCUAUUCAUUUUAAUACAGUAUUGGGGUGGUGGUUGAAUGCUGCAAGUGCCUUCGCUCAUGAGCGGUAGGUCUCGGGUUCGAGACUUGGGAGCAGCCUCUCCAUAAAUGGGGGUAAGGCUAGCCGACAUUCACCUCUCCCAGACUCUGCGUAAAGCGGGAGCCUUGUGCACUGGGUACGACCUUUUUAUUGGGGUGGUGGUUGAUGAAGGGCGCCCCCUACCUUUUGUUUGGCACAUACAGAGACCUGACCAACCAACCUACAGUGGACCCUCUCCUUUGCACAGGAGGAGGUGGUCUUGUCUAGUUUGGUAAACAUUGUUUAAAUUUGUUAUCACGUUUUGUAACCGAGAUAGUAGUAAGAUUAUAUGCAUUUACUCCUCGGUGUAAUUAUUUUUAUCUGGGCAACAAUUGAGGGUGCCAAUUUGCUUAAAUGUCUUCAUCAAGGUGUUUUCCAUUUCAAUUAAACGAAGAUGAUAUCUGUUCAAAGAGCAUCUUUGUGGAGAAAAGUAUGCUAAUCUCAGCGUAUGUUAGUUUUCUGCUGUUACAGGAGGAGGAGCAGACCUGUCCUCUCUCAGUGACGGUGCGGAGGGCUCUUGUGAUUCCAACGACGGGCUUCCACCACUGGAAAGGAAUAUGAAUCACUUAGACAUGCAGGAAAGUGAUGAAGAAAGUGAGUAACAAAUAAUGAUGUUAUGUUUAAUCACCUUGCGAUUUUGGCAAUUUCAUAUCUUUUAGAAACACAUUUCUUGUUUAUUGCUCGAGGGACAUUUUCUUUUUCCUUUUAUGUAUAUUAUUCGGUUUGCGGUAGUCCACUGGUGUUAUAGCACGUAUACCUAUUUAUUAAAUUUAUACCUUAGAUCCAUGAAAUAUCGACCUUUAAUCUCAUAUUAUUGCAUGUCGAUUACAAACUAGCUAUUGGCAUGUAGUUGUCACACUUGAGAGAGGCAUUUCAAAUAAUGCAUAAGGUAGCUCUCAAAUUAGCAGCUCAGUGAUUCAGUGACCAUAAUUCGUACCUAAAAAGUGCACCAGUGCCGUUAGCUUGGAUUAGCUUCAAGGUGAUGAGGCACAAGUCC